UCAGUCCUCGCUUCUUGUCUCCCCUCCAGCUUCGACCACUUCUGUGGAUUCUAAACCUCCUUAAGGGUGCGAUUCCAUUGGGUAAGUCAAGAUGGCACCCGUAAAAAGUUGGGUGGGACGUCUCCUCCUGGUGCUGCUGCUUUUGUAUCCGUCUUCGGCCAGGGCUCGAGACCUCUCGGAAGAAGAUGCCCUUGGCGGAGUUGUGGAGGAGCUGGCUGCUGAUAAAUGGGAUGAUGAGGAGGAGGAGGUAGUAGCAGAAGAAGAAUCAGAUGAUGGGACUGAAGGGAAUGCAAAGGAUGAAGAAACUUCAGAAGCGGAAGAGAAAGAGGAGGGAGAAGAUGAGGUUGAGAAUAAGGAAGAGGAGACCGAGGAGCAGCAAACCAGUCAUGCCGAAGAGUCCGAGGAGGAAGUUGGCGAUGCCGAGGAGGCACACAGCUUGACAGGAGAGGAAGAUGGUGAGACCGAGGAUGAAGACGGCGAAGAUGAUGAGACCGACGAAGAAGACAGCAAGACCGAGGACGAAGACGGCAAAGCCGAGGAGGAAGACGGCGAGACCGACGAAGAAGAUUGUAAGACCGAAGAAGAGGCUGAUGAGAAUGAGGAUGCUGAGGGUUUGGAAACGGAAGACGCAGAAGCUGAAAAUGAGGACGAGGCAGAAAUGGCAGAAGAAGCGAUGCAGGAGGAGGAUCCCACUGAUGAGGAUGAAGAGCAGGAGGCUGACAAUGCUGAGGAAAAAGCGAAUUAUGAAGAUGAAAAUGAUGACUCAGAAGAACAAAAGAGCGAGGAAGAAGCCGCCACAGACACACGACACUUCCAUUCUGGCUCUCUGUGCAGCAUUUGCUCCAUCUGUGAGCACUGUUCCAGUGACUGUGGCAUGUGUCCAUGUGAGGAGGGAGAUGAGUCAGACCACUGUGAGAACUGCCAAGAAUGUUCCUCCUGUUACCUUUGCCCCAUACUGUGUGACACCAUUUGCAAACCAGGCGGUCUUGUGGAUGAGCUUACCGCCUCCAUCUUUCAGACUGUGGCCUCUUUGCUCUAAACACACUCGACUGAGUGUUGACUGAGAUCUGUCGCUCCACCCUGCGGUGAGCUCAGGCACACUUCGUUGAAGUCGUCCGGCUGCACACGCCUCACUCAUGUGCAACAUGAACAUUGAAUAUUGUGACAAAUGACACAAACAUGCAUAUUUAGGUCUGAAAUGGUUGUAAUACACAUAUCUGGUGAUAUUUUAUGGAACUGUCGUAUAACAGUAGAGAAAUACGACUACUACUGGACAGUUGAAGUGCAAAUUGCUUCGCCAAGGUGUUAUUUUUCCCUCUGUAUUAAA